AUGGAUUCGUCGGAAAAGGGAUCGCUGGCGACUGGAAGGUUUAGGAUAUGGGGAUAUAUGUUUCUAUGUUUUUGUGUUUUUGGGAGGGUGGGUUUUUUUCUCGGAGGAGGAGAGGGUGAAGGUGAAGGUGAAGAAGGUUUGAAAGAGGCGGGAAAGGGGGUUCUAAAGGAUGGAGUUGAUGUAGAAGAAGGAAAGGAAAAGGAAAGGGAAAAGAAAGAGAAAGAGAAAGAAGAAAAGAAAAAGGAAAAGGAAAAGAAAGAGACAGAGAAAAAGGGAAAGGUUGGAUAUAAUUUCGAAGGGUGGGAGUGUAAGGGUGAAGGGGUUUAG